GUCAGUCGGUCCCGAGAGCUGCUGCGUGCGGGGCGGCGUGCUCGGGGAGGCGGGGGCGUCGGCGGGCGUCGAGUGAGGAGCGCCGGAACCCGGAGACUCACACCACAGCGCCAUGGCUCCCAUUGGCCUCAAAGCGGUGGUCGGAGAGAAGAUCAUGCAUGAUGUGAUCAAGAAGGUCAAGAAGAAGGGAGAGUGGAAGGUGCUGGUGGUAGACCAGUUAAGCAUGAGGAUGCUGUCAUCCUGCUGCAAGAUGACCGACAUCAUGACUGAGGGGAUAACAAUUGUGGAAGACAUCAACAAGCGCAGAGAGCCACUCCCCAGCCUGGAGGCCGUGUACCUCAUCACCCCAUCAGAGAAGUCCAUCCACUCUCUCAUCAGUGACUUUAAGGACCCACCAACGGCUAAAUACCGGGCUGCGCACGUGUUCUUCACGGACUCAUGUCCAGAUGCCCUGUUCAAUGAGCUGGUAAAAUCCAGAGCAGCCAAAGUCAUCAAAACGCUGACGGAAAUCAAUAUUGCGUUUCUCCCAUAUGAGUCCCAGGUAUAUUCCUUGGACUCUGCCGACUCUUUCCAAAGCUUCUAUAGUCCACACAAGGCUCAGAUGAAAAACCCCAUGUUGGAGCGUCUGGCAGAGCAGAUUGCAACCUUGUGCGCCACUUUGAAGGAGUACCCGGCUGUGCGUUAUCGAGGGGAGUACAAGGACAAUGCUUUACUGGCUCAGCUAAUCCAGGACAAACUUGAUGCCUAUAAAGCUGAUGACCCAACCAUGGGUGAGGGUCCUGACAAGGCACGCUCCCAGCUUCUGAUCCUGGACCGAGGCUUUGAUCCCAGCUCCCCUGUGCUUCAUGAAUUGACUUUCCAGGCCAUGAGUUACGAUCUGUUGCCUAUUGAAAAUGAUGUUUAUAAGUACGAGACGAGCGGCAUCGGGGAGGCGCGGGUGAAGGAGGUGCUCCUGGACGAGGAUGACGACCUGUGGAUCACUCUGCGCCACAAGCACAUCGCAGAGGUGUCCCAGGAAGUCACUCGAUCUCUGAAGGACUUUUCUUCUAGCAAAAGAAUGAAUACUGGAGAGAAGACCACCAUGCGGGACCUAUCCCAGAUGCUGAAGAAAAUGCCUCAGUACCAGAAAGAGCUCAGCAAGUAUUCAACCCACCUGCACCUUGCUGAGGACUGUAUGAAGCAUUACCAAGGCACCGUAGAUAAACUCUGCCGAGUGGAACAGGACCUGGCCAUGGGCACGGACGCUGAAGGGGAGAAGAUCAAGGACCCCAUGAGAGCCAUCGUCCCCAUCCUGCUGGAUGCAAAUGUCAGCACUUACGACAAAAUCCGCAUCAUCCUUCUCUACAUCUUUCUGAAGAACGGCAUCACCGAAGAAAACUUGAACAAACUGAUCCAGCAUGCCCAGAUUCCCCCAGAGGACAGUGAGAUCAUCACCAACAUGGCUCAUCUUGGUGUGCCCAUUGUCACAGAUUCUACACUACGCCGUAGAAGCAAGCCAGAGCGGAAGGAGCGUAUCAGUGAGCAGACAUACCAGCUGUCACGAUGGACCCCGAUCAUCAAGGACAUCAUGGAGGACACUAUUGAAGACAAACUGGAUACAAAACACUACCCAUACAUCUCCACCCGUUCCUCUGCCUCCUUUAGUACCACUGCUGUCAGCGCCCGUUAUGGGCACUGGCACAAGAAUAAGGCCCCUGGGGAGUACCGCAGUGGCCCCCGCCUCAUUAUUUUCAUCCUCGGAGGCGUGAGCCUCAAUGAGAUGCGCUGUGCGUAUGAGGUGACCCAGGCCAGUGGCAAGUGGGAAGUGCUGAUAGGUUCUACUCACAUUCUUACUCCCACCAAAUUUCUCAUGGACCUGAGACACCCCGACUUCAGGGAGUCCUCUAGGGUAUCUUUUGAGGAUCAGGCUCCAACAAUGGAGUGAGAGCCAAAGAAACAAAGGUCCACGCACAUUCUCACCCCACAGAAACUGCUGGACACGCUGAAGAAACUGAAUAAAACAGAUGAAGAAAUAAGCAGUUAAAAAACUUAAAGUCACCCCUCCAAAGCCCAGCCUCCUUCCCACAGUGCUCUGCAGCUCCCAGCGCGACGGCUCGGUUACUCUGCUGCCUCCCCACCCCGCACGCCCUGGCUGUCCAGUCGCCGCGCUGCGUUAGUUCGUGUGAGAUGAUACCCUCUUCUCAUUUGCAACAAAAGAGAGUUGUGCGUUGUGUUUUAUAAAAAAUGAGUAUCUUCUGUAUGUUUCCCACAAGAAGUUCACAUGCAAGCGCUACAGUGCAGAAGUGUUGGAACUCCAAACCAAAUGGACCCCUUCCCUUAUUUAUGAUCCUGCAACCUUGUACAUAACCCUGUGCUAUGCGUGCACAUUGCUUGAGUAUGGAAAGGUAGAUGUUUGGGUGUUUUUCAAAGCUUGAUUGGGGUUGUUUCUCUUCUUGUUGGGAAUCAUAAGGUGUCUGUUCUUCAAGUAUUUCACACUGAGGAGUAAUCUGUUAUCUUCUCGCCAGUUUCUACCCUUUCAGCAUAAGUUGGGAAGUGACCGCCAGUACAGAGACUCCAGGAAGCUGGGAUGGAAUGGACUUCUUUUCUCGCCCCACUGGCUUGUGCCCUGGUAUUGCAGCUUGGAGUGUAGGGUUAGGGAUAUCUACGUGAAACCAGACUGGGUACUAGUUAGUGUUCCUCCCACAGUCUGGGUCUGCUCCCCCAACCAGUGUUCUAGUACUUUGACCCUUGGUGAUGUCCUUCAGCCUGUCACCAUGCCUAGACUCCUACUUUAUCCCUGGGCCCCUCUAGAGAACAAUUAGGCUUGACCCUCUCCUCACCCAGGCAUCACUCCAAACAGCCUAGGGUAGAGGUCAGAGGUCAGUAAUCAACUAGAACAGGUGGGUUCUGGGACUUUGGUCAGAGGACACUUUGCUGUAGCAGGCUUGAAGGACAGGGUCCUGCUGACCAUGCCCUCGCUCUGCAAGCAACACUGUCAGGUUACCCUCAGUUUCCAGUACUCCACAAUUCUUUAUUUUGUAUAGUGUGCAGUCAUAUAUCAUUGUGCUUGUAAGAGAAAAUCAUUUUAUUCUCUGUAAAAACUGUAUAAAUCAUAGCUGUAAAGCAAAAUUAAAGAAGCCAAUGCUGGAAGGAUGUCUCACAUCCUCAGGAUGCAGCAGUUCCCUGAUCUCUGGGAGUGAGCACACCACCUGUUCUGCUGCUGUCGUCAUGAAAUAUGACAGUGGAAGUCACAAAAAAUGUCCCUUGCCCAGCCCUCCCCGCGCCCCGCCUUCCCUCAGACCAUGUGUGUACUACUGUGUCUCGUGCCGUUAUUGCAGACGUGACGUAUGCCUUCCUCUGCGGCUAUGUUCCUCCCGCCUGGCCUGCCCAUGAGGUGCACCGCGCCUUCUCCCUUCCUGGCUCUGGAAUCUCCCUUCGCACUCAGAUUAGUUUUCAGGUCCCUGUCCUGUUGCCCUUCUCUCCUUCAGCAGUCUUCUCUCCUUAGGACAGAACCAUAGGAACAUGCUUGGUUUAUUUCUCCUAUGCAGCUCAUUUUGUCUCCCCCCCACCACUGAUUACGCAAUGCUUACGCUUCAGGACCUUGUUUGUCGAACAUUUGGGUUUUCCUUUCUGUUAUUUAUAUAAAUAAUUUAUCAAAAGGAUAUUUAAAAAAAAAAGCUAGUCUGUCUUGAAACUUGUUUACCUUGAACUUCUCAGAAUCUCAGUGUUUGAAAGUAUUGAAGCACAAACAUGUAUCGUCUGUACCGUCUAAUCAAUAAAAGAAAUCCGCGCCCA